UUCCGGAUCCGGCGGAGCUUCAUGUGGGCGGCGGUUCGUGGGAUCCUCCGGGCUGGAGUCCGGUCCCAGCCCCGGGCCGGCGGCUCCCGGUGGGGCCUGGCUCAGAGCAGCAGCUCUAGCGGCGGGGAGCCUGGACCCGGACCCGGGGUGGAGGAAGUAAUCAGAGUUGAGAAGCAGAAGCGGAAAGCCAUUAAGUUUCGGAGAAUUCGGGCAGAGUUGGGUCUUUCUGGGCCUCCUCCACGGUCCCUAAUGACAGAGGCAAUGGAGCAGAUCAGGUUUUUGAGGACAAAGUUUCCAGAGGAGUGGAGCAUGUCACAGUUGGCGGAGGGAUUUUCAGUGAGUGAAGAUGCAAUCCGAAGGGUGUUGAGAAGUAAAUUCAAGCCUUCAUUGCAGAGAAGGAUGAAGCAAGAUGCGAAUGUUUGUGGAGCAAGGCAGACCGUCCCUCAUGGAACAAAACGACUGACUGCCAAUUCACCGAGUGCAAAGGCUCUGGUCGAAUCUAAACCGAUCACAGAUCAAGCACCCUUGCCCAGACUCUUUCAGGGGACGGUAACGCUUCCUGCACAACCUGACUUAAACAGCAGCUUGCACAAACCCAUUGCAAAGGGGACUGGGAGAAUCAGUCUUGGUCAACAGAGCGCCUGUACGAAGUUCAUGGUUCGGAGCGGUUCUGACAAAAUAAAAGCCGGUGCUGCUUACGUGGAGAGGGAGGAGCGCAACGCCUCUGACGGGGAACAGUUACUGGGUGUUCAAGAAACCGAUGAGGAAUUGCAGAAACUCACUGAAAACCAAAUGAAAGUUGUACAGAAGGGUUAUGAGUUUUAUGACCAGGAAGGUAAUUUUCUUUAUAGAAUUAAUAACAUGGACUCCUUAAAUAACCCCAAACAGGAAACCUAACUUGUACAAUCAGGUCACUUACGAAAGAACUUACAUUUCUAUAGCGCCUUUCACAACCUCAGGACACUCCAAAGUGUUUCACAGUAUUUUUGAAGUGUUGUCACUGUUCUUAUUUAGGGCAGCCAACUUGCACACAGCAAGCUCCCACAAACAGCAAUAAUUACCAUAUUUUUGCGAUGUUGGUUGGUUGAGGGGUAUAUAUUGACCAGGACACCAGGGAUCAUUCGCAUCCACAUGAGAGUAUAUGGGGCCUCUAUUUGCAUUUUCAUCUGAAAGAUGGUAUCUCAGACAGUGCAGCACCCCCUCAGUUGAGUGUUAGAUUUGGCACUCAGGUCUCUUGAGUGGAACUUAAACCUUUGACUGUCUGACACCACCGUUUGCAACCCACCUUCCUUUUUUGCUUUGGCCUUGAUGGACUGCGAGUGGCAGUUCUCCUAGUUCCUCAGACUAGUGAUCAUUCCCUGCGAAUGAUCAUUGAUCGAUUGAGACGUUUCAGAGCCAAGCUCGACCUGAACCUGAGCCAACACACUGGCUGUCAGUGGGUGGGGGAGAGGAUUCUCUCCGCAGGAGUCACAGGGUUGUACUCGCAGAUCAGCCCGAACAGCUGGAGCAGGGAAUGGAAUGUGUUGUUUAAUUUCGCUCUGAGACGCUGGGAAACGGAUUCUGUUAAGUUGUGUAAAGAGUUGAACGUGUCCUGACAUUGACAGAAGGCUCUCCUGUGAAUAGUGAAUUCCAGGAUAGUUAUAGUGCUGAUGUCACUGGGAAGAGCUUCCUCCUGUCCUGUUGUAAAGCUUGGUACGUAGGCUUAUUUCACUGUUUAACGAAAUUAGAUCUUGUGUUUUUUUUAUGCACAUGUUGUUAAACUGCUGAAAUAAACAAUGAAAUGAA